GUGCUCUCAUAGCUGGUCAAGUUCCUUGUCGUGGAGCUGACCAUUUUCGGUUGAACAGUUCAAAACUUGUAGUUCCAAGUAUUUUUGUUGCUGCUUUUCUAAAAACCUUUAAGAACGCAUCUCAAAACGUCAGACAGAUAGAGGGGGGAAGCCAAAGAUCCCGAUUCACAAAUACGUAUCCGAACUUUUAGAGCGCCAACGAUGGAGUUGGAUAUUCCUUUUCCAAUCACUUCUGCGGAUGACUUUUAUGACGACCCCUGUUUCAACACGAGCGACAUGCACUUCUUUGAAGACUUGGACCCAAGGCUAGUUCAUGUGAGCUUGCUGAAGACGGAUGACCACCGCCACAACGAAGAUGAACAUAUUCGGGCUCCGAGCGGACAUCACCAGGCAGGCAGGUGUCUCCUCUGGGCGUGCAAAGCCUGCAAGAGGAAGACCACCAACGCGGACCGCAGAAAAGCUGCCACUAUGCGGGAGAGGAGGCGACUCAGCAAGGUCAACGACGCGUUCGAAACCCUAAAACGUUGUACUUCCACGAACCCCAACCAGAGACUCCCGAAGGUCGAGAUCCUGAGAAACGCCAUCAGUUACAUCGAAUCCCUGCAGUCUCUACUUAGAGGGCAAGAAGAGAACUACUACCCCGUACUGGAACAUUACAGCGGCGACUCUGACGCGUCCAGUCCUCGAUCCAACUGUUCGGACGGAAUGAUUGAUUUCAAUGGCCCAACAAGAACGUCAAGGAGAAGGAACAGCUAUGACAGCGCCUACUUCGCUGAGACACCAAAUGAUUCCAGAAGUAACAAGAAUUCAGUCAUCUCCAGCUUGGAUUGUCUAUCCAGCAUAGUAGAGCGAAUUUCGACAGAAACCUCUACCUGUCCCACAUUAAUCCACGAGGGGACCGAAGACAGCCCCUGCUCCCCCCGCGAGGUAUCUAUCCUGAGUGAAACAGGCGCACCCGCCCCGUCCCCGACCAAUUGUACCCAGUCGUCUCGUGACCCUAACCCCAUCUACCAGGUGUUGUGAAGGGUCAGGGCACCCCCCAAAAGAAGAAGACAAGUCAAGCCAGCCAUACAUUCUUGAAAUUCAAUGUAAUUCCUUUUGGACUGAGUUAUCAAAUGUUACUGACGGCCAGGUUUCUGUUCUACAUUGGUGUCAAAACACAGCUUUCCGUAUAUUUAUGCCAUUUCGCUGUUAAUGAGAUAAAAUAUAAAAUCUAUCCCGAGCCUCAUUUGUGCAAUAAUGUGAUUCUACAUUUCAUAAUGUUGGCAACGUUGGGUAAGAAGGACCUGGUAUCCUGAUGUAAUAUUCGUUUGGCUUCGCAGGGGUUACUGUUAAGUUUGUUUAAAAGGAUGUAUUCAUACCUUUGGAAUACUUUACGACCAGGUUUAAUGCCAUCACGAUCGUUUCAUCAUUUCCUGGUUCUCGUUGAUGAGAAACAACAACAAAAAAUUGUAAUAUGGAGAAUGAGGACCACUUUUGUAUAUUUGUGAAUAAGAGCUGCUUUGAUAAAUGAAAAUGAAAAAUAAUUAUUUAA